CAAGCGAUGCCCUAGCAAUCGCGCUCAUAGCGCAUGCUAACAACGCUUUAGGGACGAUACUCAUCCACUACCCAACCAAUGGAGAGAGAGACCACUAAACGAGGCCGCGACGAGACGACGCGAGAUAUCGACUGGCGACGAGUUACGCGGUACAUAUUGGAGAGAAAGGAGUGGCGCACGGAAGCCGAGCUCGAUCAAAGCAACCUCGACAAUGCGAAGAAGCGCGAAGAGAUUCUGGUCAAGGAGAACGCCCAGCUGAAGGCGCUACUCGAAACUCGCCGACAGGAGCUGCAGGACGCCCAGCGCUUCAUGCGUACGGUAGACACGUUCGCGGAGAGCGAGGUGGUUCAGGAGGUCCGCAGCCUGAACACGGAGAUUUUCAAUUUGGCGCGUUCCAUAGCUGAUCAAGCCACACCCAACCAAGAUCAGCAUACGGUGCUCGGUGCAGAAGAUGAUGUGAUACGUGCAUUGGGUCAUCCUUUCCUCGCCGUGCUCAAAUCCACAGAUACACGGGGAGACACAAUCCUUGUAGAGAUCGCCACGCAGGUUGCGGUGACGAACUUCCUUGCCCGGAUCAUCUCCACAUGGACGAACGACUCUGAGAGCGAUAACGUCUUGACAUCUGUCUACGAGAGAAUCAGGAAAUCGGGUAAGCAUCUCUCUGCUUCAACACAAUUUGCUGUUGAUCUUGAGAACUCUGCAGAGAAUCAGAGCGUAGUAGGCCAGUGGCGUGCUUUGACGCGAAAAUUCGCACAAGCUGAGCAUCUCGACGCGGAGCAGCUGGACGACAGCUGCAGCAGAGAGCUCGCCAAACUGUUACGACACGUCGUACUAUCGUCCUGUAUGCGUCCCUCUGCAGAGAGCGACCCGCAGCAGCCCAUACACAUCCUGGUCAGCAAAGCCCUCAAGAUCCGCCACCUCAUUGCCGAGGCUAUGAAAGGUAGCGAGUACGAAAUCCUGCUCCCGCGACCCGAUACCGCAUUCGUCGCGGAAGAAAUGGAGGACAUAUAUGGUGACAGCAAAAAGGAACGACGCACGAGAUCAUGUGUCUUAUGUUGCGUGUCCUUGGGGCUUCGGCGGGUUGAGAAGGUUGAGGGGAGCUUGCGAUCGGCCACGCUUGUCAAGCCUGGCGUAGGUAUCCAAACUCUAGUGGAUGAUCUGUGUUUGGCAGACGGGGACGAUGA